ACGUGCGUUGUCAUUGCACUUGUGGUCUGUGCAUGUGCUCCAGCAGACACACGAGCUGCCACACGACUUGGGAGCCAAGUCCUCACACAGCAAAAUCUUGCCCGGGCCUUGAAAAGCUUCCAUCCUAAAGACACACAGGCAGAGUAGACGAGAGAAAGAGAGAGACACGGAUGCAGCCAAGCCAUGUGUUGAUGUCUUACGCUGUGCAUAGGACUCUCUCUUGCUGUGGAGGACAACCCUUCUUGGUCGUCUGCUGUGCGUCCACAGCAAACCGUAGGCCGCUCUUGAGGGCGCCAGGGUCGCAGAAAGCUGCACAAAAACACACACACACACGCACAGACACUCACAAUCCAAAGAGGAGCAUGGGGUUGUGAGUGAUCGGGACCUCUGCAGUUGCUGAAACACGACUGUCCCACGGCGAGGCGCUGCGCGUACUCACACAAGGGGAUUUCACCUCUGCCUGUUAUGUCAGCUUGCGACAGGAUGAGGUGAUUCGCUGUGGCAACAGUCACGCCACAUGCCGAGACGAGCAACAACAGCAGCACUCUCAUUGUCUUCCUUCUCAGCGGCAGUCAGAGAGACUCUCCAGUGGCAGUCAGAGCAACGUGUGUGUGUACCGCUCGUAAGAGAGUGCGUAUAAUUGGACGUUAAAUACACAUGACAUACAUACAAACAUGUCUGAAUGUCUCAUCAUUCAUUCGCUCAUUCGCCCAUUUGCCCAUCCACUCAUUCACUCACUCACUCACUCACUCCCUCCUCCCCUGUGGAUGAUCUGAUUGUCCCGUCCGCCCGCAGCCCCAGCAACGACAUUGCUUCCACGUCCAUGUCUGUCACUCCACCCUGUGCACAGGCCAUGCACGAAUCGGGUGGGUCAUCCACACACGACUGACACAGCAGGUGACCGCACGGGUAGUUGGCAGCACACGCGGGAGGCAACACUGCCGACGAUGCACCGGCACUCAGCGCCUGCAGCGCAGCAGAGAAACAGAUGAGGAAAAAACAUACAUAUGAGGGAAAAAGGUGGCAUGCCUUUCUCUUCUCUGUCUUACCCUUGCAGCGCAGAACGUGCACGACCACUGCUUCAGCGACGCGGUCAGCGUGUCAUUGUCGCUCCUGAGCCGCUUGGCCUCCUGGGUCUUUCCCUCGAGUGCUGCCUUCAGUUCUCUGAUGCGCUGGUUGAGCUGCUGCGGAUCCUCUUCAGCCACCCGGGCGUCUCUUGGAGGCCUGUCCCCACCGUCGCCUGCACCCGAGCUGCCACCACCACCUUGGGCACCCGCUGGGCGAUUAGAUGGUGGCGGCUGCUGCUGCUGACCGCUGCCCUGCUGUUGCUGCUGCCGGCGGUGGUUGUUGCCAUCGGGGUGGUCUCGCUGCUGCCCGCCGCCGGCCCUUUAAUGUAAGGCAGCAGGCAUUCAAUCGAUCCCAUCCCAGCGCUUGCCUCCGUGUAUGCAUACCCUUACGUAGCUGUGCGGACGGCGCCGGCCUCCACGCCAUUGCGGGCCGCGUCGUCCUCGUCGUGUCCGAAAACGUCAGCAAGGUCGUCAUUCGGGCUGGAGGCCUGCAGAAAGCAAUGCAGGAUGGACACACAUUACAAAGCGUCUCUCCCUCUACCUUCCUCUCUCGCCCACCUUGUCUUUCGCGGCAGCUGUCCCGUUUGCCUUGGCAGGGAGGCGUCUGUCGUCGUCUUCAUCUGAAUCGACAACGCGGCGUCGAUUUCGGCGGUUGAUGCGAGAGCCAUCCUCAUCGUCACCGCCAUCAUUGUUGCCGGCUCUCACGUCCCCCCGCUGCCGCUUGUCGCCCGCAUGCGCAUCCUCCUCCUUUGCCUUGGCCUUCUUCUUGUGCUGUUUCUUGUGCCUCUUGCCCGUCUCCCUGUCCCUGUUGUCGUCGUCCCCCUUGUCAGCAGCCUUGUCGCGGUGCUUCCUCUUCUUGUGCCCCUUGCCCUUGGCAUCCUCACCCGCUGAUGCGGGCACAGCCGCCUCGGAAGGCUCCUGGAAGUCGCGCAUGGAGGGCGAGUUGGUGUGGGGCGGCCCUGACUCGCCGGGAGAUGAUUCAGGCACGGCAGGAGUGGGGCCGGACCGGCUCGGCUUGGCGUCGCUCGCACUCCGCUGAGGCUCCCCUGGUCGACUGACGGCCGCUUCAGCUUCAGGAUGCGCGGACGUCGGCUGCGAUGGCUCCGACUCAUUGACCAGCUUUAGCUUCGACUUGGACUUGGUCUUGGACUUCUUCAGAAGACUCACACCACCGGCGAAGCCCUUGGCGGGCGGCUGCUCCACGCCCUUGCUGGACGCAGGAUGAGCACUCUCGGCCGCAGUGGGGCUAGCACCCGACAGCUCGGGGAGUGUGGCGGUUGAGUCGCCCCUUGCCGCCUCCACUGGCCGCCGAAUGCGCUCCUCGCGCAGCGCCUGGCCGCGUCGUACCCAAGCAGUGGCCUCUUCCAGCUGAUCGAUGUCUCGGUAUGAGACGCGGUCGAAGGGGAAGCUGUCCUGGUUGAGUGGUCCUGCGGGCAGCGUGGAGGGGUCGUUAUUCUGCGCCCGACGCAGAAAGUCCCUCACGUACGCCGUCCCCUCGCCCGCGUCAGUCCUCUGCAGCUGGUCGGUCAGCCGAGUCACCAGAUCACGGAUGUCCGUGACGCCACGAGACGUAUCCCGCGUGAGCAGGCGAUCGAUGGGAUUCGCGAAGGAUGCACUGAGGACGGUAUUGCUGUUGCCCGGCAGAAGACUGAGGGCUCGGCCAUCGUACCGUUCUGGCUCUGGUGGGAGACCAGCCGGGCUGAUGGGCCGCUGCUUGGGCUGCUGGUCCACCUUAGGAGAGAGGUCCGGCUUGUGUUCGUCGGUGAGGGGAGCGUGCCAAGACUCGAUGAGGAUGGUGUGCUGAGGGAGGCCGGGUGGUGGCGCUAGAUGGUCGAGCUUGGCGAAGAUCCUGCGGCUCUCGUGGUCCUUGCAGCACAGCGUUGCGAAGCUCUUGUGCUGCUCGUGCCACCAGUGGACGAUCUCGGGCACUCUGCAGCCACUCGUCUCCUCUGGAUGGUCUCGCAUGUGCUGCGCGCACGUGUCGAUGAUGUACCGCUCCAGUGCGAUAGUGUUCCUGAUACACACACCACACACACACACAUACACAACACACAUGCUAGGGAUGUUUAUAUCGGCGCGUUGUGCCACGUGUGUGUGAUACCAUUCUUUCGGGAAGCCUUUGACGACAACACACAGCCGAGUUUUGAUGUCCUGCGGCACGUCCAUCAUGUUGGCGCUCGCCGGCCACUCGCACGGCUCCUCAAUCACAUCUGCAGUCCCUGAUCACAUAUCAGUCACAUGCGACCACAGAAGUCAUUCAGACCAGAGCAAAUCGUGCAUCCCUGAAUCCAAUCCGUGUCCUCACCUUCCUCUUUCAUCGAUUUCGCGGGCGAUUCAGCCUUGGGAGUCCCCACUGCCUCCUUAGCUCUCUCCGCCCCCGCGUGACCCUCCCUAACGGGCACCGACAUGACGGGAGGGGCACUCUGCACAGAGGCCGUGGUAGAGGCGACCACAGCAGCGGUAUGAGGAGCUGUAGCAGCAGCAUCUGCCACCGUUGACGGCCGUUGGUCCCACGGCGACUGGCGAGGUGGCCUUGGGAAGGGGGCAAAGCGGGUAGGUGGGCGGGGGUUGGGGAGCCCGGGCAGCUGCGGCACCUGGGGCGACGGGAUGGGCUCCACACGGGCAGGGGCAGGAGAGCUCACACCAUUCACAAGGCUGCCACAAGACGAACCGAAUAAAGUAUCGAUGAAAGCAGCACCCCUCACCCUGCUCGUCUCUCUUGGUGCGGUGUCACCUGUUAUCUGCAGGCGUCAUUGGGGUCUUUGGGGUCUCAGCGCGAUGGGGCGGGUUGCUGGGCGGAUUGCUGGGUGGCCCUUGGUCGCGUGGGUUGCUGCUGGGCGGCCCCGAGUGCUGUCCCUGUUCCCACCACGGCCUGUCGCCAGUGGGCUUGUUCCGGAAUCUCUCGAGGCUGAUCACGGGGUUGUCUUCCAUGGUGGCGUCAGCCGCAUCCACGUACUCCUGGGCGCGCCUUGGCUUGUUACCGAAUGCGGUGAUCAUGUUCUCUCUGUCAACGGGGGUGCGGCACCCGAUGGUGGCCAUGGGCUUACUGCCGAUGAAGAUGUCCUGCAGCUCGGGGAAGGGCACAUUCCUCGUGGCGGGAUUCUCACACCACACGCGACGAAGGAAGCCACGCACCUUGUCUUUCUCCCUGAUCCACAUGAGCACACGCACAGGGGGAUGCACACGAUCAUGCUGAAGUCAGUCAUAGCUACAACUGACCAUCUCAUGGGUUUGCCCAGCAGUGCGAGGCAGAGCAUCUCUCGCUGGUCGAGCUUGAGAUCUCUGAACUGCACUGGAUGCCCAUGGCUGUCGGUCGGCCACCUCACGCCAGACGGAGGUGAGAGACCACGCCCUGCACCACCCCCCGCCCCACACACACACCAUCAUUAUGACACCCAGAAGGAGCGUCAUCCAUCGCCCCCGCACCCACCCCUCGCCCUCCCUGCCUGUCUCUGCCUGGCUGUCGUCCUACUCGCGGCAGUGGGCGGGUGUCUGGCGCCGUGAAGGCCAUCCGCAUGCUCACGGUUGUCACGCCUGACUCCCGGGAAGGUAGCAUUGGGUCCACUCAGAGGGGGACGCCUCUGCGGCUGAUUGCCGUACAUAGCUGCCCUUGACGCCCCAAAGUCAGCUCAUUCGAGCGCCGAAUGACAGCAUCAGCAGCCAGCCCGACGAUCGUGCCUCCACCUCAAGGACGAUGCUUCAGUCGUCUCGCCCUCCUCCUCGUGUGGUGCAGGUCUGUGACGCGAGAGAUGGUGAAAGGGGGAUCUGCCGAGAGAGCCAGGUGCCGCAGAAUAGAUGUCCUCGUGGGUGCUGAAGUGCUCCGAGCACACAGAAGCCGCGCCUCAGAC